CUCCUGGGCAUUGUGGGGAUAAUUUUCCUGUGGAGCUCAUAAUUGAAGCCAAACUUGGCUUUGCCCUGGUGGUACUGGGGCCAGCUCCUUUCAGUUUUUCUGUCUUUCCUCAAAACCAACCACCACUCCUAACAUAGCACCAUCCACCCCCCACACCACCACCUCUUUAAUCUGCUCCACUUAAUUCUGGUGGCUAAAAGAGGGAAUAUGGCCUUUGACCUUCCUUCACUAUAUUGAAUGUUACGUUUUAUGUACAAUAAUCUCCUUACACUAGUAAAUCUGGGUCAGCAGCCUCUAUCCCUCCUAACAAAGGGAGUAACAGAAAGAGGUGCCCUUCAUUUGUCCUGCGUUACACAAGUGAGGCCCCCACCACCCUGGCCAGUGGACAAAGUUGCCACAGUACCGCCUGCACCGUGGGGUGUGACUCAGCUGCCUUCACGUCCUCACCAGUGCUCCAGGGCUCUGGCCCUGGCACCUCCUCUGUAUUGGCAGCCCCAGUGUCGUGGCAGGGACACACCCUCAGAUGUCAACAGUGCCCUGCAUACCUGGAAAAGGCGUGGCACCAGGACGUUGCAUCUAUCUGAGGCUUCCCUGCCCUAGGGACCCUCUGGGGUUCCCUUCUCCCCAGCAGCUCAGGCUGGCUCUGCCCAGCCGUGGCCCCCGGGGCCUCCCUGGUGAGGCCGCCAUCUUGGCGAGAAGCAAGUGGGAAGUCCCCGUGGACCGGGAUCCCCAUGCACGCUGCUUCUCGAGUCACGAGGGCAGGGCGAGGCGCGGCACGGAAGAAAGGGCCCUGGGGCCUUCGAAAUAGGAAGGAACAGUGCCCUGGAUCCCGGCGAGGGCCUGGACUUUAGGAACGGGUAAGGAUGGGAGAAUGGGCAGAAGAAGCAGUAACUGUGUCCAACACCACCUCCACAUGGCGUGCCUCCAUUCCGCUCCCCGUCAGCCCUCCCCAGUCAGCCCAUCCUAGGCCUCAGCCCUGUCGCCUUCCUUCUGCUAGCUAGCUGACCCCACUCUCACGGGAAGAGCGGCCUAUCGCUGCCAGCUCCCUGCCCCGAACCACCCGUGUGCGCGGACCUCGCGGGCCAGCGUGGCCUUGGCCGGGCAGGGGGCGGGGCGAGCGGCGGUGACGCGGCCGUUGCCAUGGAAACUCGCCGCCCGUUAGCUCUCUGGAGCUGGAGCCCGAGCGGCAGCCGCCCGCCUCAGGCUCUCUCUGCCAGCCGUGCGGCCAGGCCCGCGGUGUGGUCGGGGGAGCCGGGCGGCAGAGAAGGAAGGAGCAGGUACGGCCUCCCAGCCGGGACCGGUAAGCCGAAGCCCUUGAGCCGCUCGCUGCCGCCGCGACCGCGAGGAACAAGGACGAGCGCGGAGCAGCGCCUGCCCAGCCCCCGGAACGCGCACCCGGCCCAACGCCCAGACACGGACCGUGCGAGCCGCCCCCACCCCAGUGCCGCCCCACCUCAACCCGGCCCGCGCCCUGGACGCCUCCGCACCUCGGGCCGGCUCCGGCUCAGGCUCAGUCGCGGUAGCUCUUCUCCGCCCCCGCCGCAGCCUCCGCCGCAGCCGCAGCCUCCGCCACAGCCUCCGCCUCCGCCCCCGGCCCCACUCCGCCCGCGACCCCAGCCGGGGCCCCGACCCCGGCCCUAUCCCCGGCCCUGCCCGCGGCCCCGCCAACCUCCCCUCCGGCCCCGUACCCGGAGGCCCAGCCGUGGGCACGAUGCUGCCCAGCUCCAUCCAGAUUUCGGGGGAGCCGCUGUCCGGCGCCGAGGUGCGGGACAUCUGCCGCGGCCUGCGCGACAACGCCGUGCGCCUGCUCUCGCUGCGCGGCUGCCGCCUCUGCGACCGCGACUUCGGCCGCAUCUGCCGGGCCCUGGCCGGGGCCACGUCCCUGGCGCAGCUCAACCUUAACCUGGGCGUCGUGUCCAGCCCCAGCCGCAUCAAGCAGCUGGCUGAGGCUCUGCGGACCAACCGCUCCAUCCAGUCCCUCUUCCUGCAUGGGAGCCCCCUGACAGAUGCGGGGCUGGCCUUGCUGAACCCAGCCCUGGCCCUCCACCCUGCCCUCGUGGCUCUGGACCUGGGGGACUGCAUGCUGGGUGAUGAAGCCAUCAACCUCAUCUGUGGUCUCCUGCCCCCAGAUGGGGCCAAAUCUGGCUUGAAGGAGCUAACGCUGAGUGCCAACCCUGGCAUCACCCCUAAGGGCUGGAGCCGCCUCGCCAUUGCUGUGGCCCACAGCUCCCAGGUCCGCGUCCUCAAUCUGGAUUACAACCCCCUGGGUGACCAUGUGGCAGGAAUGCUGGCUGUAGCUGUGGCCUCCAGUCGUACGCUAGAGGUCCUAGACUUGGAGGGCACAGGGCUCACCAACCAGUCAGCUCAGACCCUGCUGGACAUGGUAGAAAAUUACCCCACAGCUUUGCGGAGCCUGGUGUUGGCUGAGAACAGCAUUAGCCCAGAGCUGCAGCAACAGAUCUGUGACCUCCUCUCUGAGGGAGAGGAGGAGGAGGAAGUGGCAGGAGGGGCUGGCGACACCCAGGAAUGGGAGAGAGGGCGGGAGCCUGCUGCCCACCAGAGGGGCAGCGGCUCCUGGAUGUGCCCCAGUGAUCCCAGCUCUCAGAUGGUGCUAAUGACGUCAGGACUAGGGGACAGUCUGUUGGCUGAGACCGAGAUGUGACUCUCCACUGGGCCUCUGCACACCAUUUCACUUGUCUAUUGUCCAAGCCCCUUGCCCCAGAUAUCAGGCUCAGGCCCUGGGGCUUGGGAGGGAACUGGGGUCAGGGGCUACAUGGGGGCUCUGGCAGCUCCUGGCAGUGUGGUGGGAAGGAAGCUCUGGAAGCCGUAACUGAGCAACAGCCUUGGGGGGCACUUGAACCCAAGGCAAUGCCUUUGAACUUGGCAGCUCUGGCUGCAACCCGCUGGCUCGGAAAAGAUUUUAUGAACUCCACAA